AUGCCGCCAGGCUCUGGUCCCUACUGCUUCAGAAUUCAUGGAGCUAUUUAUCACAAAACGAGUCAUCUUCGUCCUAACGAACCAGGGAAAGAGAAGUAUGCCCAGCUGUAUAUUUUGGACGCAGAUCAAGCACUGAGGCAAAGAAUGAAUAUAGUGGAAAAUGCCUCUUUAAAUCCAAAUCUUUUGAUGAUGUUGGAUUCGAUAAUUAGAAAUAUUAACCCGUAUGCAGAAGCUUUUAAAAUGCUGAAGGAAUUUGAAGAAGAUACCCUAAGAUAUCAUGGCGUUCAAACUGCUGCUGACAUUCGCAUGUACAUAAAAGGCGAAAAUAUAACUCAUAGCGAACAUAGAGGUCGUUACAAUGCUCCAAAAGAAAACGAAGUAGCAGCUGUUUUCAAGAGUACGGAUGGUGUUCCCCCUACUAACAGGGACAUUGUAAUACAUCCUAGAAGUGGAGGUCUCAUAAACAUUAGUCCCUUAAAUUGUAAUCUUGAACCUAUGACGUAUGUGCUUUUCUUUCCCUAUGGUGAUAAAGGAUUUACUGUUGAAGAGCAAUACACAGAAUUACAGUUCUACUCCCACCGAGUGUCUAUACGACAAGAAUACUUCAACCCUGUUUUAUAUGGCCGGAAACUGUUUCAACAGUACCUUGUAGACUCCUACGUAAAAGUGGAAGGGAACAGACUUUCAUACCUGAGGAACAACCAGAAAAAAUUAAGAGUAGAAACGUAUAUGGGACUAGCAGAUCACAUUUACAGAGCUGCCGAGAAAACUGGUGCAAAACCUGGAAUACCUAUAAUACUACCCUCAACUUUUAUUGGAAGUCAGCGAUGUAUGCAACAGAAUUAUCAGGACGCUAUGGCCAUUGUGCGUGAUUUCGGAAAACCUGAUUUGUUCUUGACUUUCACGUGCAACCCCAAGUGGACGGAAAUAACACAAAAUCUAUUCCUUGUACAAAAGGCUCACGAUCGUCCUAAUAUCCAUCCACUAUAA